UUUUACUAUGCAGCGCUUGUUGUCGUCUAUGCGCGCAUUGCGCACAGCCGUCUGCUGAUGUGGAAAACUCUGUAUUAUUGAACUAUGGAUCUCUAAAUAGAUCAGAUCUGCGUCUGAUGAUGAACGUGUAAAUUCGGAGGAUAUUUCGUUUAAAGAGAAGCGUUAAUAAAAGGAAUGAUUGACAGCAUGGCAUCUAAAAGCUACCCAGAAUUCCACCAGACUCAACCUGCACAGACAUCAUUAUUCAGACAGAAGAAGAAUGGUCCAACAUACAGAAUACCGGCUCUUAUCUACAUAAGUGACGCUCAGACAUUUCUUGCCUUUGCUGAAGAACGCAGCACUCCACGUGACAGUGAUGCAAAGGUGUUGGUCAUGAGGAGGGGAUCACUUCAAAAUGGAUCCAUUCAAUGGUCUCCUGUUCAAACACUCUCCUCAGCCUGUUUGCCGGACCAUCGCACUAUGAAUCCUUGUCCAGUCUAUGAGAGGAAAUCCAAAACCGUCUUUCUGUUCUUCGUCUGCAUAUUGGGUAAUACCACAGAAGAAAGUCAGAUUGUUACUGGUAGGAACCAAGCCCAUCUGUGUUACGUCACUAGUACAGACUAUGGCCUAAGCUGGAGCAAGACGACGGAUUUAACAAACAGUGUGAUUGGAGAUGAGAUUACUAAUUGGGCUACUUUUGCAGUCGGACCAGGACACGGCAUUCAGAUGAAAACCGGAAGAUUAAUCAUCCCAGCAUAUGUGUAUUAUAUUCAUUACAGAUGUUUCCCCUUCCAUUUCCCACUCUAUGUUAAGCCUCAUGCUUUAUCAUUCUACAGUGAUGACUGUGGCAUCACCUGGAACGUGGGGGAGAAAAUCCGGAUGAGUUCUUGUGAGUGUGAGAUGGCUGAGAUCCUAGACCAUGCUGAUCAAAGUCAUUUGUACUGCAAUGCCCGUAGUAUGCGUGGCCACAGAGUAGAGGCUUUAAGUCAGAGCAACGGAGCAGCUUUUGACAAACCUCACUUUGCAGAGAAACUUGUGGAGGCCCAUUUCGGUUGUCAGGGUAGCGUACUGAGCUUUCCCGUGCCCGAGUCAUCAGGAGGAGAGGGCAAGAAACAAAACGAUUCCUCAACACAAUUCGACACAAAGACAUGGUUAGUCUAUUCCCAUCCAACUGAUAAAAAAAAGAGGAAGGAUCUUGGAGUUUACUUGAAUAAAACACCAUUCAGUACUAAUGGUUGGAGCCGGCCAUGGAUUAUCAACAAGGGUCCAAGCGGAUACUCAGACAUGACGCAGUAUGGGCAGAACUUUGCUUGCCUUAUGGAGUGUGGAGAGAAAAGUGAGAUUGAGGAGAUAGCCUUUGUGGAAUUUAAACUCAGUGAUAUAAUAUGCGCUUGCGAUGUGUAAGGGAACUAGUUAAAUAACUAGUUGAAGGUGCAGUGUUGGACUUUUACAACGAUCUUUUGACAGAUAUGCAAUAUAAUAUACAUAACUGUAUUAUCAGCGGUGUAUAAAGACCUUACAACAUAAUGAACUGUAUUGUUUUACUUUAGAAUGAGAUGUUUUUAACUUUGUAAAAAAAAUCACAUUGUGUGGGGUCACUCAGUUAUUACCAGUCUGAGCUUUAACUGGAAAGCUCAACUUAAGGCAUAAACUAUAAUUUAUAAAUGUUACAGGUAAUGUAUCAUCAACAUUUUUUAAGUUUCAGUUACAGAGUUUCAAAUUUUAUUACAUACACGGCCAUACACAGUACGACGUGCAGUAAAAUGCUUGGCACGACUAGUGUCCGCAUUUUACAAUAACAAUUUUACAGACUAGAAAAAAAGAAAAGAAAAAUAGAAGAAAUCUAUAAAAGAGAUUGAUUCUUCCUAGUGAGAAAUUUACACAAUAGUAAAUUAUUAAGACAACAGUAGACUAUAUGAAGAUCUUAGAUUCAAAAGCUAGAUGCCACCUCUUUAAAAAUGAGAUUAUGAUUUUGACCGAAUGCUCUUGACACGUAUUAUACAUUCAUCAAAUAAUUUAGCUUUAAAUCCACUUAAUCCCGCACUUAGGCCAUGUAUGCAUAUGAAUGAAAUAGAAAUAAUGCAACCAUUAUGCAUAUGAAUAAAACAAAGAAAUUUGAGAUAUGCACAUAAAUGAAAAAAAAAUGAAAGUGCAAUCAGACAAACAGUAUGUAUGCAUGUAAAUAUAAAAUUGUAAAGAGACAACAGGACUGGAGUAUUAAAGGCAUAGUUCACCCAAAAAUGAAAAUUGUGUCAUCAUUUACUCUAAUGUUCUUACAAACCAUUUCUUUGUUUCAAUGAAGAUAUUUUAAGGAAUGUUUGCAUGGUC